CACGUCCCCGCCGCGUUUCAUCGGCAGCCAGGACGCUCAGACCGAAGGAAGGAAGGAAGGAAGGAAGGUUCGGUGGAGAGGAAACCUGAGGACAUGCGGCGUCCUCUGCAAACUUGUCGCCAACCGAACCGCGCCGGAGCCGAAAGAGCCGCGGAGAUGUGAAGACUGGAGUGAACAGAGGAGGAGGAGAGUCGUUCACUCCUAUUGAUCCAUUACCGAGGAGCCCCCGCUGUAACGAUGCGGGCAGCUUUAACGGUGCUGACCGUUUUCCUCAGCUUGGACUUCCUGUCAGCUCAGUCCAAAUCAGACGUGCGAAACAACAGCAACACUCAGACCGGUGCCGCGGGGCAGAAGACAAAGAGUCAGCCGCACAUCAUCUUCGUCCUGAUUGACGAUCAAGGCUUCAACGACAUCGGUUACCACAACCCCACCAUCAAGACCCCAACGCUGGACAAACUGGCGGCGGAGGGCGUGAUACUGGAAAACUACUAUGUUCAACCCAUCUGUACUCCAUCACGAAGCCAACUCAUUACCGGCAGAUAUCAGAUCCACACAGGAUUGCAGCACUCUAUUAUCAGACCCAGACAGCCGAGCUGUUUGCCCUCACACAUGGACACCCUCCCUGAAAGGCUCCGCCAGGCCGGAUACGCCACACACAUGGUGGGGAAGUGGCACCUGGGCUUCUACAGGAAGGCCUGUCUGCCCACCAGAAAAGGCUUUGACACCUUCUUUGGUUCCCUAACAGGAAGCGUGGAUUAUUACAGCUAUAGGUCUUGUGACGGGCCCGGUUUGUGCGGCUACGAUCUCCAUGACAACGAGAGUGUAGCGUGGGGCCAGGAGGGGAAAUACUCCACGACGCUGUUCACGCAGAGAGCCCGAAAAAUCCUGGAGAGUCACAACCCGACGGCCCGGCCGCUCUUCCUGCUGCUCUCCCUACAGGCGGUUCACACUCCUCUGCAGCCUCCGAAGUCCUACAUCUAUCCCUACCGGGACAUGGCCAAUGUGGCCAGGAGGAAGUUCGCUGCCAUGGUGUCCACGGUGGACGAGGCGGUCCGAAACGUCACCUACGCCCUCAGGAAGUACGGCUACUACAGGAACAGCGUGAUCAUCUACUCCACCGAUAACGGAGCCCAGCCUUUCAUAGGAGGGAGCAACUGGCCGCUACGAGGGAAGAAGGGCACCUAUUGGGAGGGCGGAGUCCGUGGAGUGGCGUUUGUCCACAGUCCUCUGCUGAAACGAAGGAGGCGGGUCUCUAAAGCUCUGCUGCACAUCACCGACUGGUUCCCCACCCUGGUGGGGCUGGCCGGGGGUAACAUAAGCCAGAGCCAGGGUCUGGACGGGUUCGACGUUUGGACCACCAUCAGUGAGGGGACGGAGUCUCCGCGUACAGAGGUUCUCCACAACAUCGACCCGCUGCACAAAACCGAGAGCUGGGACGACCGGCCCAGGAAGACGCCGUCUGCAGCGAGUCCAUCCAGAGGAACGGGGUUUAAAAAGCCAAAGAAGCAGAAGAAGGUUCUGAAGAAGCAGAAACCGAAUAAAAAGUCCGGAUUUAAGUUGAAAAGCACCAAGAGACCUCAGCUGUUCUCCCGUCCCGCGCCAAAGUCUAAAAAAUCCAAGCCUGGGACCAAACUGAAGCUGAAGUCUGGCCCAAAAUCAAAGCCGGCACCAAAAGCCCGACAGCAGCCCAGGCUCUACAGCGAACCAAAGAUCCAGUCCAGCGGCUCCCCGUCAGCAUCCGGCGCUUACCGCCAGAUCUCCAAGUCCAAAUCCAAGAGGACCACGUCGCAGAACCACAACCUGUCUCAGUCCAGACCAGCUCAGACCAAAUCAAAGAAAAAGCUCAGAGAGCAGUUGAAGCCUGGGUCCAAGCAGACGUUCCUCCAGAACCAGAACACAUCCCAGUCUGGGACCCCGGCGCCCAGCCUUCAGUCCACACCGUCUCCGUUGUGGGACGCGUCUGUGCAGGCCGCCAUCCGGGUCGGAGACUGGAAGCUGCUGACGGGAGAUCCGGGUCACGGAGACUGGGUUCCUCUUCAGAUGCUUCCCACGCUUCCGGGUCGCUGGUGGAACCUGGAACGUUCCUCCGCGCCUCCCCGCAAGUCGGCCGCCCACAGAAACAUCUGGCUCUUCAACAUCACCGCCGACCCGUUCGAAAGGCGGGACCUGGCCGACCAGAGGCCGGACGUGGUCCAGCAGCUGCUGGCCCGGCUCGCCUACUACAACCAGACGGCGGUGCCGGUUUACUUCCCGCCCGACGAUCCCCGGGCCAACCCCAGCCGACACGGAGAGGCCUGGGUGCCCUGGGCGGACCAAGAGGAGGAGGGAAAAUACCAGGGAGUUUAUAAGAAAGGGAGGAGCGGCAAGAAGAAGAGGAAGAAGAAGAAGUGCCCGCUGUGCAAGCUCAAGUCGUUCUUUCUGAAACUGAACACGGGGAUGAUGUCCAACGGCAUCUGAGACUGGGAAAAUAAUAUCCGACACUGUUUUGUAGCUUUUAUUCAAGCUGUGUAGACCCUUAAAGGCUCCACUUAUAUAAUUGGGACUUAUACAGUGACUUGUUUCAGGUAUAAAACAGAAUAUCAUCAAAAAAGGUUAUUUCUUCUUCUGUAAAUCAAUUCAAAAUGUGAAAGUGAGUGACGGAUUUCAAACAUUUGUUUCCGUUAAUUAUGGCGAUUAUGGCUCAAACACUAAUAAAGACACCACAAAAAUUCCA